AUGGACAAGCAGCUGGUUACCCUCGAGGAUGAUGGCUACUUCAAUCUCGGAACAUAUCAUCGUCCUAUCACAACCAAAAGUCCCAUUGCUCAGCGGUGGUUUGAUCGUGGACUCAUCUGGGCCUAUGGCUUCAACACCCAGGAGGCGUCCAAUUGUUUCGAGAAAGUCAUUAUAGCAGACCCGGACUGCCCAAUGGGAUACUGGGGGUUGGCGUAUACCCGCGGGCCGUAUUACAACAAGGCGUGGCGUCUAUUUGACCCCAAAGAUCUCAAGAUGGCUCUUGAAGCUACUUACAGCGCGUCACGCCAAGCAUUGAAACUUAUAAGAAAUGCCAGUCCAGCCGAGCAGGCUCUUAUCCACGCCAUUGUCGCUCGAUAUCCCCAGCCAACUCCGACCGACGACUACUCGGUGUGGAAUCGUGCGUAUGCUAGUGCAAUGGAGACCGCGUACAAGCAGUUUAGUGGAGAUUUGGACAUUGUCGUUCUUUAUGCCGAUGCCCUCAUGAAUCUUACUCCUUGGGCUAUGUGGGAUCCAUACAGCGGCAAGCCGGGCCCUAAUGCCCGCACACUUGAUGCUUGUGCAGCUGUCUCGCGGGCAUUGACUCAAAAGGGCGCCGACAGACAUCCUGGACUGCUUUAUUUACAUAUUCAUUUGAUGGAAAUGUCACGUACACCCGAAGUUGCCGUUCCUUCAGCCGACCUGCUGCGUGGCCUCGUGCCAGACAGUGGCCAUCUAAACCACAUGCCAUCGCAUAUCGACGUUCUUAUUGGAGAUUACCGAAGUGCCGUUGCUGCCAAUACUGCCGCUGUUAAGGCAGAUGCAAAAUUUGUGGAAAAGAUUAGUGGCAUGAAUAUGUAUACGUUUUAUCGGGCUCACGACUACCAUUCUCUGAUAUACGCGGCUAUGAUGUGCGGGCAAUCGCAAGUUGCUCUUGACAAUUGCACUCACUUGGAAGAAGCGACACCCGAGAGGCUGCUCGUGGUUGAAUAUCCACCUAUGGCAGAUUGGUUGGAAGCUUUUUGUGCUGUUCGGCCUCACAUCUUGAUCAGAUUCGGCCGAUGGAAUGAUAUCAUCAAUCUCACACUACCAACAAAUCAGUCUCUUUACUGUGUUACCACCGCCACGCUUCAUUAUGCAAAAGGUGUCGCUUAUGCCGCCACUGGGAACGUGACUGAAGCUCUGAAACAACAAGCCUUCUUCAUCGAAGCUCUAUCUCGGAUACCGUCCUCACGAAUGGAUUACCCAAACAAGUGUGUUGACAUUCUGAAAGUCGCCGAGGCAAUGCUGGCAGGAGAGAUUGAGUACCGCCGGGGUAACCAUGAAGUAGCCUUUGAGCAUUUGCGUCGAUCGAUUCAUCUGGAUGACAGGCGUCUAUACAGCGAACCAUGGGGCUGGAUGCAACCAGCCCGUCACGCCUAUGCGGCGCUGCUGCUGGAACAAGGCCGUGUGGAGGAGGCCGCUACGGCUUAUGCAGAAGAUCUCGGCCUCGAUGAGUCUUUACCGCGUGGCCAUCAGCAUCCAAAUAAUAUCUGGGCUUUGUGUGGUUAUCACGAGUGCUUGACGUUACUAGGGCGAACAACAGAGGCUAAAUUGCUCGAGCUUUCGUUGAAGCUUGCAACAUCUACUAGAGAAAUGUAG